AUGUCUUUUGCGCACAAUGACAACUCUCAAGACAGCAGACCUCGAACGUUGAAGUCCACCAGGACAGCCCUGAACAAUGUCACCAACACUACAAUCGCCCAGGAGGUGAAGAGUGCCAACUCGAGUGCCAGGUCGCUGGGCAAAGUCCUGAGGGCUGCGAGGUCCAAACUACAGAGCGACAAGACCGUGGGAAGUUUAAUCCCGCAGAUCAGACGUGAAGGCACGUUAUCUGAGAUCCCCCCCUCCUCCUCGUCCUCCACUUCUUUGUCUUCUGCUGGCACGAUACCAGCCUCACAGGUAACCUCUUCGGAACUGGAUAAAGAGAACAUGGACCCCUUCGCUUCCAAACUGCCAAGCAUCGAAGAAGAGCAACAGUCACAAUCGUUGUCCAGUUCCCGCGAGGCCCUCCAGUACUCCGAGCACCAAACAAUGCUCAAGGAUAGCGACUACGCCAGCGCCAUGCAAAGCGACCUCCAGGCACAACAACAACAGCAGAGAUCUUCUAAUAUCCUGGAGCCAGCGGCUGACGUCAGCAAAAAGAGGCCUAUCUCUACAGUCGUAGAACAGGAAGAGCCCAAGAAAUUUAAAGUGUGUGCGAAAGGGACUGAAUAUGAAUGGGAGGAUCUCGACGCGGAAGACAUCAAUGACCCGUUCAUGGUCAGCGAAUAUGUCAAUGAUAUUUUCGAAUACCUCCACAAACUAGAAAUCAUGACGUUACCUAACAGACACGACCUAUACAAGCACAGUAAUAUCCGCCAAAACAGGGACAUAUUGGUUAACUGGAUGGUAAAGAUCCAUAAUAAGUUCGGGCUGCUACCAGAGACCCUUUACUUGUCGCUCAACAUCAUGGAUAGAUUCCUUUGCAGGGAGCUUGUGCAGCUAGAAAAGCUGCAACUCGUGGGGACCGCGUGCCUCUUCAUCGCCUCUAAAUAUGAAGAAGUGUACUCCCCAAGCGUGAAGCACUUUGCAUACGAAACCGAUGGAGCCUGCGACGAGGACGAGAUACGAGAGGGCGAGAAAUUCAUUUUAAAGACACUCGAGUUCAACCUUAACUACCCCAACCCCAUGAACUUUUUGAGAAGAAUUUCGAAAGCAGAUGACUAUGAUAUCCAGUCAAGAACUCUAGCAAAAUACUUGCUUGAAAUAUCGGUUGUAGAUUUCAGAUUUAUUGGGGUCCUACCGUCUUUAUGCGCUGCAACGGCCAUGUUCCUAUCCAGAAAAAUGCUGGGGAAAGGCAAAUGGGACGGAAAUCUCAUACAUUACAGCGGAGGCUACACUAGAGAAGAACUUGCACCGGUCUGCAACAUGGUGAUGGAUUACUUGGUCCAACCAGUGGUGCACGAUGAGUUCUUCAAGAAAUACGCAUCGAGAAAAUUCAUGAAAGCAUCAGUUAUCUCAAGGCAGUGGGCCAAGAAAGUAGUUGCGCACGGUUACGAUAUAAUGACACUGCAUGAACCUACGUAG